AAGAAACGGUGAUCACCAGAGAGAAGGAAUUGGGAUUUAUUGUGUUUUCUGAUAAAAUCCAGGGGGCGCCAUCACACAGGACAACUUGUCUGCAUAAGGCUCUGUCCAUGGGGAAUGAGGAUAUUAUGGAUCUAAGGAGACAAAGGAACAAACAGAAAUCCCCCGACAGGAAGGGGUUAAGUGUCUCUAUUUCCUCCUGUAUUAGCUGUGACAAAUCCUCCACAGAUCAUCACAGAUUUAUAAGAUACAACAUGUGGGCGGAAUUGUGGUGUCCCAGUACCAGAGAAUGUCCUGUCAGGUAAACAUUGCUUCAGAUGCCUGUGCUAGGUCCUGCUGCUCAGUGGAUGCUUUAAUAUUCAUUGUCAUCUUUGUCUGUUAGUUUAUGUUGUUUUGCACUGUUCCUUUAUGAAAUGUACAGGUUAUUUGUUAGGAUGCAUGAUACAGAGUACCCAUGUGACCCUGGUUGCCUAAUGGGAGGCCCCCCUAGCUAAGCCAUAAAUAGUGUAAGGGAGGAUGAGUUAUUCAGUUUAGUCUUGGCUUAGUCCAAGAGCUGUGUGCAGAGCUCAGUGUGAGCUGCGGUGAGGAGAAGAGACAGCAGGAGUGUGAGGAGAUUUAAGGGAAGCCUAAAAUCAAUCUUCAAACAAGCUACCACACCAUUCUGCGAGUGUCCCUUGCCCAGGAGGAUUCCGAGAUUCUUAACUGUGAGCAUAAUACCUGGUUUCUCCAAUCCAGGAUCCUCUGCUGAUAUCUUCUAUAUAAGAGAAUUCUCCUGGUUGACCCAUUAACCAUGGAGAGAGACAGGAACAAGAUGGCCGACAGGAUCAUAAACCUUACACUAGAGAUACUCUUCUGGAUAACAGGAGAGGAUUACACAGUAGUGAAGAAGUCCUCUAGUGGGCGCUGUCGGGCCCCUGUGUGUGAAGGAUGGGGAAGAACCCUGAGCCCAAUCCCGGGGCCCCCACCUCACUCCCUGAUACAUGAGGAAAUGGAUGAACAAAAGAUUCUAGAACAUAAGAUGAUGGAGCUGCUGACUGGAGAGGUUCCUAUAAGGUGUCAGGACGUGGCGGUCUAUUUCUCCAUGGAGGAGUGGGAGUAUGUAGAAGGACACAAGGAUCAGUACAAGGAUCAGGUCAUGAUGGAGGAUCAGCAGCCCCUCACAUCACCAGUCAGAUCCAGUAAGAGAACAGCACCAGAGAGGUGUCCCCGUCCUCUUCUUCCACAGGAUGAUCAGGGAGAAGAUCCGAACAAUAUUAAUGCUCCAGAGACAGAUUUGAGCGGUGAUGAGCAGUAUAAGAAGAACAUUCCUACAGGGAAAGAUCUGAUCUAUAUUAAUGCUGCAGACAUAAAGGAAGAAGAAGAGACAGAUGUGAGCGGUGAUGAGCAGUAUAUGGAGGAAAUUCCUACAGGGAAAAAUCCGAUCUAUAUUAAUGCUACAGACAUAAAGGAAGAAGAAGAGACAGAUUUGAGCAGUGAUGAGCAGUAUGAGAAGGACAUUGCUACAAGUAAUGGCCCAGAUUCUUGUAGCAGGAGAUCAGAGGAGAAUCUUAUAUCUUCAGAUUAUAAAGCAGAUGAUGAUAUCACACAAGAUACAUAUGAAGAACAUUCCAUUAUCCCAGAUACACCCUCAGCCCUUCACAGCCAAGAUCUGUCAUCUCAUCCUUAUAUACAGGUCCUGUCUUCUCAGUCAUCACAGGAUGUUCAGCAAAAUAAAAGCCACAGAAGGAAUGAUGGACAUCAACGAGCUCAUACAGGAAAGAAACCAUAUUCAUGCUCAGAAUGUGGGAAAUGUUUUACUCAGAAAUCAAGUCUUGUUGCACAUCAAAGAACUCACACAGGAGAGAAGCCAUUUUCAUGUUCAGAAUGUGGGAAAUGUUUUACUCAGAAAUCAUGUCUUGUUAGGCAUCAAAUAACUCACACAGGAGAGAAGCCAUUUUCAUGUUCAGAAUGUGGGAAAUGUUUUACGUUUCAAUCAAAUCUUGUUAAACAUCAAAGAACUCAUACAGGAGAAAAGCCAUUUUCAUGUUCGGAAUGUGGAAAAUGUUUUGCUCAGAAAUCAGAUCUUGUUAAACAUCAAAGAACUCACACAGGGAAGAAGCCGUUUUCAUGUUCAAAAUGUGGGAAAUGUUUUACUCAAAAACCACAUCUUGUUGUACAUGAAAUAACUCACACAGGAGAGAAGCCAUUUUCAUGUUCAAAAUGUGGGAAAUGUUUUACACAGAAGUCAAGUCUUCAUCAGCAUCAAAGAACUCACACAGGGGAGAAGUCAAUUCAGAGCAAUAAAUGAUGCAGACAACACAUCUAUAUAUUAACCAUGUACAUAGGAUAGUUGACAGUAAUACAUACUUAUAUAUAUUUCUAUAAUAUGAUUCAUCUCCAAACUUGUUACCAAUUUUUAAGAAGUUCUCUAUAUUAUAUUAUUUAUUAUUCUUAUAUUCAUCUCCGCACACUGGACUUAUAAUAAAUGUAAUAUUGUCCCCGACGUUGUAUAUAGGGAAUGUAACGCGUCAGUGUUGUCCCCGCCCCCUUCUCAUUAUGAUUAUAGAGACUUUAAUUCAAGGUGUAAUAGAUGUGUCUAUGUUUUCCUUCCAUGUAAAAAAAUUGUUAAUUUAGGAGCCCCUUCCCCAUCUGCCCCUCCCCUCUCUGCUCACUUCAUCUGGCCCCCACCAUCGUCUGAAGACUUUGAACAAAGAAAGCCCGGGAAAGACUCAGGAAUGGGAUGCCUUUCCCCCUAGCAGGGGGUGGGAACUUAUGCUAAUUACAGAGGUUAUAUAAAUCAGGGGCCUGCUUAAUAAAGAUCAGAAGUAUUUUACCACUGACCAUGUGUGUGUCUGUGUGAAUUACUCCAGUGCUUGCACAAAGAAUCAAAGGCCUUAUUUUUUUGUAUUUGGAAGGGAG